AUGGUUGCCGCCAAGAAAACCAAGAAGACCCAUGAGAGCAUUAACAACAGGCUCGCUCUUGUCAUGAAGAGUGGCAAGUACACCCUUGGUUACAAGACCGUUCUCAAAUCCCUAAGGAGUUCCAAAGGGAAAAUGAUUAUCAUUGCCAACAAUUGCCCUCCAUUGAGAAAGUCAGAAAUAGAAUACUAUGCUAUGUUGGCAAAGGUUGUAGUUCAUCACUACAAUGGAAACAAUGUGGAUUUGGGCACUGCGUGCGGCAAAUAUUACAGAGUGUGCUGCCUAAGCAUUAUUGAUCCUGGUGAUUCAGAUAUCAUCAAGACAUUGUCUGGCGAACAAUAA